AAUGUCAAGCUAAAGAUGUUAUUUUUGGCACAAAUGUCAAGUGAAAUUGUAUUUUUCCACUUAAAAAUACACGAAUAGUUCUAAAUAGGUUUAUUUUUAUGACCUAAAGAAUAAAUAAUACAACAAAGUAUUUAUUUCAAUCAGUAUUCCGGUAUAAAUCUAGCCAGUUUUAUUAAAGUUUUGUAAUCGAAUUCAAAACAUAACCUCAAAACCACAACAAGUGAAAUAAACAAACUUGGAAAUGGCUACAAAAUUCGAUGUAGCCGCUUAUAAUUUCCGGAAGAAAUGUCCGUUUGUAGCUAAGGACCUUCUCCGCUGGUUUCCUGGGCACAUGAACAAAGGUUUGAAGCAAAUGCAACGUAAAUUGAAGAGCGUUGACUGUGUAAUCGAAGUCCAUGACGCGAGGAUUCCAUUUACGGGUCGCAAUCCUAUAUUUACCAACACGUUAAUAGGAGCCAAACCUCACAUAUUAGUUCUAAAUAAGAAGGAUUUAACAGUACCUUCGUUAAUACCGAAGAUAGUGGACAAAUUGAAGGCUGAACAGAAUGUGCAGAAUGUCAUGUUUACCAACAGCAAGGACCAGCAUUGCAAAGGGUUGAAGAAGCUAAAACCUCUGAUGGUUGACUUGAUAAAGUCGUCAAAUAGGUAUAAUAGGAGUGAGGAACUGGACUACAAUGUGAUGAUAAUGGGGGUCCCGAAUGUAGGGAAGUCUUCAUUGAUAAAUAUGCUGAGGUCAAAGAAUAUGAGUAUACGGCACGCGCUGCCCGUGGGCGCUGUGGCUGGCGUCACUAGGAGUGUCAUGACUAAGAUCAGAAUAAACAAUGAUCCCGUUAUGUUCAUGUUGGACACUCCAGGUAUCUUAGAACCGUCAGUAACAGACAUAGAGAUGGGCCUGAAGCUGGCCCUGUGUGCCGCACUACAAGACCACCUGGUAGGUGAGGAGAUAAUUGCUGACUAUUUGCUGUACUGGCUGAACAGCCAUGGACAGUUCCAGUAUGUGGACUACAUGGGAUUGGAGGAACCUUCUGAUGAUAUCAAUAAGGUGCUGAUAUCCGGUGCAAUAAAAUACAACAGGAUCCGUAGGACACGGGACUUUGAUGGCAAAGUCCGCGAAGUUCCAGAUCUGCUGGAAGUUUCAAGGACUAUGAUCAAAGCGUUCCGAACAGGGGAGCUUGGCAAGAUCUUGUUAGACAUAGAUCUACUAGAUGAAAGACGUAUUCAAGUAGAUAAGACGUUAGCAUGAUGUUUAUGUAGAAAGUAGGCAAUGUUAGGAAGUCAUUGAUUUUGGCUAAGUAUAGUAUGUUGCCUUGAACAGGGAUAUUUACCUGAUUUCUUUUUUCUAACCCUUAUUUAAAAAAGAAACCUUACCCCACACACUAGGACUUUCUGUGUUGUGGGUAUUAACUAGUAAAUUGUCUUAUAGACCACCUGUAUCUCAUUUCUUCAUAGAGGUCAUAGUAAUAACCUCUUGGAACGCUCAAAUCCGUAUUUUUGUGUCAGUGUUUUUCACACUUGUGUCACCAAAAUGUGCUAAUGACUUCUAAACAUUUUAAAAUACUUUGCUGUUAGGCUAUGUUAAUAAACUCUGUAAAUAAUUGUAUAGUUAGUUAUAGAUCCUUAUUUGUAAGUAGAGCUCGAUAGUGUCAAAUAUAAUAAAAUUGUUGUAAUUUA